CCUUUACUAUUCUCAUUCUCUGUUCUGUUCUGUAUUGUUACUAUGAACUGAGAAUGAGAAUGGUGUUUUCUUUUUGCUUCUUUGUUUAUUCUGUCUAAAAUUUUAUAUAUGCCCAAAUUAGGGUUUUAGAGUAAGAUUGUAGCUUUUCCAAUGUGUUGGCAUAUAUUGGUGAAAGCUAUGAAUCACUGCCACUAAGGGAGUUGAGUAGCUCAGUAAAUUGGUUUGAGCUAAAGACGUUAGAGUUAAAUUCUAUGAACUAAGAUUGAGAAUGGUGUUUCAUUUUUGCUUAUUGCUGGUUCUGUCUAUAAUUUUAUAUAUAAAAAAGGGUUCCUUUUUAUUUUUUUAGGAAUGUCAUAAUUAGGGUAAGGUAAGAUUAUAGUUUGUACAAUGUGUUGAAAUAUUGGUGAGCGCUAUGAAUCACUGACACUAACUCACACGUAGACGCUGUUAAUCUCUGCAGUGAAGACACCUCUCGCUUAAAGCGUGUCCCAGUAUCCGACACCUGCACAACAUGUGUCAGACUAGUGUCCCAAAAAAAUCUUUUUUUCCUUUGCUUCGACAGAUUGGCAUUAUGCUUGUCCCAGUGUGCGACACACGUCGUUCAUGUCUUGGCACAAUGAUUUAAUUUUAAAAAAAAGCCGCAAUAUUGAACUCUUAGAGAUUUGUUUACAAUCACUUUGUGUCCAUAUUUGCUCCACAUCAGCUGUAUUUAUCCAGAAAAAAACGUGAUUUGAAGAAUCAUAGUGUAACUGCGUCUGCAAUUGCAAUUGCAGUUAGGACUGGCAAAUGGCAGAGAAUCUUCGUAACUUAUGGUGUGUUUGGAUUCACGGCCAAAACACCUUUUCCACGUCCCGAGGCAAUUUUUAACGUGAUUUAAAGAAGCUUCAAAAGGUAGCUUCUCCUCAAACGUGGGUUUUUGCCGCUGAAUUGAUAAAUCAACCGCUUGCACAAAAAUGCUAUUAGGAGUUGAAGAAUGUGUUUUUUAUUUUGAAUUGGUAUUCAUAAUGUUGGGCAAUUUGAACAGCCCAAGUUACAGAGCUAGUGAUGUUCCUUAGUUGGUUAUCCUUGUAUUAUGAACUGUUAGCAUCCAAUAGUCAACAUUGAAUAAGCUAUUUUCAGUUUAUAGUGUCAGACGUUAGAGUAUAAUUGUUAUCAUUUCGUGAUGAUGGGUUUAGCUGUGGCAAGGAAGCAGCUUAUAUUAAGUUUAAUAAGAUAGAAUCGGAGAAACGAGUUGUUUUAUACAUUGUGUUUUCAUUGCUAUGUCAUUUUUAAUUUCCACUUUACGAGACAUUAGCUUGGUCUUUGAAUUAUGCUUUCAGAGUAUGGCUUUGUACGCUUAGUGCUUGUCAAUGACUUUCCUGAAGUUGCCAGGCAACGGAAAAAAAUUGGGAAAAGAAUAAAUAAAUCGAGGCUUGAGACUGAGCUCUCAUACGUCCUGACUUAUUCUGUUCACCCUGUCAAUAUUCUAAAUUCUAUUAUCUUAUUCUUAUGCACUGUUGCAGGAGUGAAACGGGUAGUCAGAGCCGACAAGGAUAGGAAGAUCAAAUUCUGCUGCGUUCAGUCUAAUGCUGCUGAGCCCUAUUUGAGAGCAUCUGGUCUCAAACGAGAGGAUGUCCUACGUCGCUUUUUAUUCGUUGAAGGCUUGAAUGUGUUCUCUCAGGGAUCUACUGCUGCAUUGCGCGUACUGUCAUACUUGCCAUUACCUUACUCUGCUAUAAGCUGUCUGUGGGUGAUUCCAACUCCAAUAAGGGAUGCUGUGUAUGAUUAUAUAGCAAAAAAUCGGUAUGAAUGGUUUGGAAAGGCUGAAGACUGUUUGGUUUUGCAAGAGAAGGAACUGCUUGAGCGUUUCAUAGAUAGGGAUGAAAUGAUGAAUCGAGAUUUCAAGGUCAACCAUGAUUUACACUAACAUUCCAGCUUUCUUUUUCCGUCCAACGGAAGAGCCUCCACAAGUAGUAGUAUGCUUCACCUAACAUCACUCACUAUUUCUUUUAGUAUAAUUUUGGAAUGCCAUUCUUGAGAAUCAUAUGAAUAGCAGUGCAGAGUGUAGAUUCGUCAUUCAUCUUACUUAUAGGCUUUCUAGACGCUUUAUUGUCCACAAGUUGAAAUAUUAUUCAUACAUCUUACAUUUCAUUUAAUACUUCUGCUUGUAAUUUCGAAAGAGAACAUUAUGCAUCUCCUAAAGAAAGGCGAAGUGUAAAACGAGAGCUGCAAUGUAAAAUUGUGAUGCUUGAAAUAUGAAUGUCAUUUUGAUUAAAAGAAA